CAUAAAGCAGCAGAAGUGGAAAGGAAAACAUCAGAUAUGGCUAAAUUCCACAACAACGGUUUCUCUUCUUCUCCUUUUGCUCUGCAGUUAAACACCAACAUGGGAGAAAGACUAAAAAUCAACCUAGUCCUUACGUCAAUCAUUCUCCUCAAUCACGUCUGCUGGACACAAGUAGGGGAAGGAUUUGUAAACCAUUACACGUCCACGUACGUGCAGCUGUGUUAUGACGCCUGCAGUAUGCAUGACAAUGACUACUACUGGUGCAGCACUAGAAAGGGCUGGGAUUACUGCUCAGUAUGGGAGAACACAGAUUAUAGAGGCAACAAAUGUAGAGACGACCAUCCCUGUGAGAAACACGGCAGAGAUUACUACUGGUGCCACAACAAAGCUGGCGGUUGGGGUUACUGUGGAAAAGUGGAGCCCAAAAACCUGCUAUAUAUAAGUUCGACUUAUCAGAGUGUGUGCAAGGAUGAGUGUUUGUAUGAUGAGGAGCAUUUGUAUUACUGGUGCUACACAGAUAAAGGGUGGGACUACUGCUCUCCGACAGUAGAUGGCACAUUCCAGAAUGUGCCGUGCAAUGUUGAUCACCCCUGUGACACCCAUGGUGAAGCCUACACCUGGUGCAGGACACACUCAGGCUGGAACUACUGUGGUCUUAUACAGAGUGCAGGCUACAAUGUCACCAGACGUCAGAAAAGACAACCUAACAAUUUAGAGUUAAUUUGUACUUACUCAGACAGGCAUAAUAACAGAGAGACCAGGAUCUACGCCGAACCAAACCCUAGAGAUAUUGCAGACGGAACCCCCUGGAGAAACGAGAUAGGUAACAUAAUUUCACGCUGGAACAACGGUUAUUUAGGUGACCAGGCCAGGUCAGAGCUUAUCACCUCAGACCACCUUCGCAUUGACCUACAGGGGUUGGUGAAUAGAAAUAAUCUGAAUAGAAAUAAUCAGAAUAGAAAUACUCUGCGUUACUAUAAUCUCCAAAUUCAGGUGAAUGUACGACGCCAACCUGGAAGCAGCACCACAGUGGCGCAGGUGCUCAUACCACAGAACGAAGACGUUCCAGACAGAUAUGUCCGUAGGGCCUUUAAAGAGAGCGUCGAUCAUCGUGCCAGGGUUUUUGUGGAUGUUAUCCACGGCAUCUCUCCUGUUAUUAAGCCUGAACAAAACUGUGGCUAAAGCAACAUGAUCUGUUGCCCAAAUGCUGUCAGCAUCAAUGCUGCAUUUAUAAUAGUAACUAUUUAUAGUACACAAGUAUCUAGCAUAAUAUUUGUUUUAAAUGUAUUUUAUUUACUGGUAUGUAAUUAAACCACCCUUGACUCAUAGGCAUCACAAGCUGGAUUUAUACGUUUAAGUAAAGAGGAGGAGCAGUGUUAACUUGUUUCAAGAAACAGAAAA